AUGUAAACUAAAACAGUUACAGAGUCAAUAAAGUUAAAAAAAAAAAGGACUAUAACAUUGGGAAUAUGAUCACAUAAGGGAUCAUAAAUAGAAGGGACUUGUUUUGGCAGACACAGAAUCUCAAAGAGUAUGGAAGGAAAAUAACUAUUUUGUCACAUAUAUACUGGUAACAUGUCAUGAGAAUCAGAAAUGUUGUAAGUAUGUUUUAGUGCAAUAGAUAUUACUAAGAGGUCUGCAUUUUAGUAAUAAUGUUUAGACAUAGUUAUUUAGGAAGAAAAAUGUAAGUUCAGGAAUGUAUUUUAAUCAGCAACUAUUAACAGGACAUGAAUAUAUGAAUUAAAAAAUGAAAGAAAAAAUCUGGACAUGUUUAAGAGUUUGAAAAGAUAUUAAAAGGCAAUUUAUUGAAAACUGCAGUGGAGCAAUCUUACAGAAAGCUACCCCCUUUUAAUAUGAAGAAGGCUGCCUGAUUUGUUUUUGCUCAGCUUAAGCCUUAAGUUAGUGCAUUGUGGGUUUGAAUCUAUGCAUUUAUAAGCCUUGUACUGAGUGUUUUAUGCAUAUUUUUUAAUAGUAAAAGAAAGAUAAGCCUGAUCUAAGAGUGAUUCAUGACAAAUAUAAAUUUUCCAUAUGUCCAUAUGGAUUUAAUUCUUUUUGUUACCUAGAGAUAACAUUUCUUAGAAGUCUGAAAAGACUUAGCUAAACAGGUAAUCGAGGAAACAUAGAGAAAACAUUCUGAGACAACCAGUGAACAAAGACCCAUAUGCCAUAACACAUGCGAAUGGACUACAUUUGUAAAUGUAGAACAUGGCCCUAGAAAGACGGGACAUUGUGCUUGAUACUUAACCAAAACAAUAUUGCAUACUAAACACAUACUGAGACUUCCAUCAAAGGAUACAGGCUUUCUGGGGGCAAAUUAUACUAGAAUAAUCAAAGAGAUGGGUUUGAAAUCUGAGUGGCUAAAUACAUACAGUUAGGCUUGGGUCUUUGGAAUAUCAUGUUCUCAUUUUCUCUUUCUCUGGGAUGGUUUGCGCAAUUGCUGCAGUGGAUUACAGCACAUGCUGGCAUCCACUCCGAAUGUUCAGCCACAGUGGCAAUCAUCAUGGGUUACUGUGACUUCUGAAACUGCUGUAAUGUUAAUGGCCUGUUAGCUGUGAGAACAACCCACAACUCUACAAUAUCCCAUGGAUGCUGGGUAGUUUAACCAUACCAGUAACCUGUUCUUACUAGGCUCAGAUUUUGUCAUAGUGACUGCCCAAUCCACCUUAAACAUUCAAAAAGUGUGCUGGUGUGUGCUACAACCCAUUUAUUUAAGCAGUACACUAGGUGAUGCUGCAAACUCCUCUAUAUGUAUUUAAGGAAAUAGAGAAAGAGCAGCAGAAAUGAGGAAGUUACAGUUGCCAAAUAAAUGAAGGGAAGGUUCUACAGAUUUACGAGAUGGCAUUAGACAUAACAGGACAAAACUUGUAAAUAAGGUGGGAUUUGGCGAUGCAGUGGGUAGAAUGGGAGAGCUAAGAUAAAGACGGAGUGUAGGUAUUUACAUGUUUCAGAGGGGUCUAAGAGUCUUUCUCAAAGGUUCACAGUGAUCCAGGAGGUCGUCACAGGAGACCAGAUACCAGGGCUAUGGGCAAGGCAAAUCACAAAAUAAUGGUGGAAAAAAGUCACAUCUUUCUCUACAAAAGCAAGCUGCAGUGGUCCUCAUUCUCAGGCAGACAAAUCUGUGAUGGCGUACAGAAGGAAAAGGAAAAAAGAUAAUGGGCUCUGCCUGAACGGAGAGAUGGACAUCAAACUGCACUAAAGUUUGGUGUCUUAUCUGAGGGCAUGCAGGUGUGUCUGCCAGCAUGAUGAAGAAGAGAGCUUCCCACAAAAAGCAUCGAAACAACGUGGGACCAAGCAAACCCAUUUCUCAACCCAGGAGGAAUAUUGUGGGCUGCAGAAUACAGCAUGGAUGGAAAGAAGGGAGUGGACCUGUGACACAGUGGAAAGGCACAGUCCUAGACCAGGUUCCUGUAAACCCCUCUCUCUACCUUAUUAAAUAUGAUGGAUUUGAUUGUGUGUAUGGACUAGAAUUGCACAAAGAUGAGCGGGUUUCAGCGCUUGAAGUCCUCCCCGAUAGAGUUGCUUCAUCUCGAAUCAGUGAUGCCCACCUAGCUGACACAAUGAUUGGCAAAGCAGUAGAACAUAUGUUUGAGACAGAAGAUGGCUCAAAAGAUGAAUGGAGGGGAAUGGUCUUGGCUCGAGCACCUAUAAUGAACACAUGGUUUUAUAUUACCUAUGAGAAGGAUCCCGUCUUGUACAUGUACCAACUCUUAGAUGACUAUAAAGAAGGUGAUCUCCGUAUUAUGCCCGAUUCCAAUGAUUCACCUCCAGCAGAACGGGAACCUGGUGAAGUUGUGGACAGCCUAGUGGGAAAACAAGUGGAAUAUGCCAAAGAAGAUGGCUCAAAAAGGACUGGCAUGGUCAUUCAUCAAGUUGAAGCCAAACCCUCUGUCUAUUUCAUCAAGUUUGAUGAUGAUUUCCAUAUUUAUGUCUAUGAUUUGGUGAAGACAUCCUAGACACCACCAUGCGAACGUUUGCCAAACUUGUGGAACUUCAGUGUAAAAUUUGUAGACAUGAAGACUUGACUGCUUUCCAGUUUAUUUGAAAGCUUAAAUGUCCCUGCGAGCUCACAAUCUCUGCCAGGAAAACUAUUCCAUUGUGAACUAUACAAAUAGACUUUUAUGUGAACAUGACACAUUUUGUGUAGGGAAAUUCCUUUUCUUGAAGGACGUCUUUGGCGGGGGGCGGGGGAUGUGAAUGAAGUUAGAGAAAACAGCAGCUGCAAAUUCAAGCUGUGUGAGUGGAUCUAGCAAUGUAAUCAUUAAUCUGAUUUUUUUCCCCAGUUAUAACUUUCCCUCAGUUUCUCUCGUAACUGUUCAACUGCCACAUGCAAGUGUAGCUUGAUAUUAUUGCUUUCAUGUAUGUAACAUUAAGUUUUCUUGUCUGGCAGUUCUUGUUUCCGGGGUUUGGGCAAAGAUGAUUACAAAAUGUUUUAAGCAGUGUUAAGGAGUGCCUAACCCAAAUAACAUCAGUAUACUGUGUUCAGCUUAGCUGUUAAACUACAGUUACAGUUUUGUACAUUUUAGUUGCAGGAAAAUAGAACAUGACAUACAUGUAACACAGUUGAUGAGAAAAUGCAGAGUAAGAGCCCAUAUUUGCAAUUAUAGGACCUGGUCAAAGUAUUUAGAACAAAGAUGCCUUCAGUUCUCGUAGGGAUUUUUGUUAUCGUCUAGCAGAACCCAGGUGCUUGGUGCCAUAGCAGUCUAGUAAUUCAUGUUAACGUUAAAGGAAUACUACGCAGCAACUAUUGGGUGUCUCAAUAUCAAAACUAGCAACCUAGAUAAUUGUGUGUGGACUGAAAUCUGUUACAUGUAAAGACAAACCUCAAGAAAGAAGAGUCCUCAUGCAUUAAAGGCUUGUGUUGUAGAGAAGGAAAAUCAUUUGUUGCCUUCUAUUUUUAUCUGCUGCAUUCCUUCUCAUUUAAUUGUCUUUUGUUGAAGAAGGCAUCUACCCCUUUUCCUGGCCUUCUUGGGGUGCGUCUAGACAAGACAUACAACUCAAACCUGUUGUCGCCUUUUGUGCUGUACAUUGUAUUUGCUUGAGGUAUGCUGUUUAAUGUGAACUUCAUUAAAAGAACACUAGGGUUCUGCAUGCUAAUGGUGUACUAUCUAACGAAAGCUAGGCAGUCUCCAUGGUUCAGCCAUCUGCAGCAGAUUGUGGAUGUAAAUAAGCAGCCCACAGCCACAGAAUUCACUCUUUUUUAAUUAUUAUUUCUGUUUUUGUAAAGUGGUAGGUUCGUGUGGCAGCUUUUUAAAGUAAUCAGUGGAAAAAAUAUCAGAACAGCAACAAAGUUGAGGCAGGGCAUUGCAGUUGUUAGUGAUUGCUUUGCGCAAGUAAAUGAGAACCAAAUACCAUUGUUUAUAUACAGCUUAAAGGAGGAGUAAAAAGUGUUGCUGAUCAGCUUUCUGAGGUCCAGAUUACCUCUGAUGUGAGUAUGCAUAUUAAAACUUCAUGUGGUUUAAACCCUUUUUAUUUUUGCCUGAAUUCAUAUUGUAGCCUUAAGGCUUGUGCCUCAUUAUGCUCUUUAAUGGUAAUAAAUACUCACCUUAUACAUACAGUAUCUUAAAAUCUCUUGUCCAUUGCUACUGUUGCAUUAUGUCCAGUAUUUCAUCAUGGGCAACCAAAGGCAGGCUAUUGUCUUUUCCAUGAAGAGCUUCUCAAAUGCAGUCCUUAAGCCCUAAGUACCUGAGUCAUAAAUGUUCCUGUGUUCUUGAACAAAGUGAGCAGAUUUGCAAACCCAGUGUUUUUCAUCCUGCAGAUCUGUAUGUUUUCUAUUGACUCUUUAGAGUCCUGCAUGUAAAUCUCAAAGCUGAGCCUGGCUCCAUGAGCCCAAGUUGAUAUUUGUGGCACAAGAAUGAGUGAGUGUAUUGAACACAUACACAAGAUACACACAUAAACGUACUUUUGAAUUGUGGGCUACAUAAACAAUGAAUCCAAGGUAUGUCUCAAGAUACUUGCUGAGGAUUAAGUAGACCGAAAACGUUGCGUUCUAAGAGCUUGCAGUUGCUGGGAAGAGGGGUAUUCUGCAAGUCUCUUAAUACACCACAUUCUGCCAGUUUAGAGUAAUCUAUAUUCUGUAUAAAUUUUAUGGUUUUUUAAGUGUCCACAUUGUCUGCUUUUUUGAUAGCUUAGACCACUUUUUUUAGGCUUGAGACUAAUUCUACACUCUGCCCAUCUGCUUUGGGCUUUGUUUUAGGCUCAUGUUUCAGAUCUGCAUGCAGUGCUUGUUACCCUGGUAACUAAAUGUUGGCUCCUUGAUCUAAGGGUUCAACAUGGUUUUCCAAGUUAUCAUGGGGCUUGUGGUGGCACAAGCUAUGGAUCUGUGUAUAAAAGUUACUGGCCUUUCUCCAUUUACCUGCUGUAGUAUUGUAUAUUGUGUGUUUUGCGUGAUGUCAGGCUGCCCUGUAAAAAUUUAAAAGACAGACUUAAAUUCAGACCAUCCCUUUUUUGCAUGCUUAGAAGGUAGAAUGUUCAAUGUAACAAACUUAAAAGUUGCAUGUUAAAAAUGUUUAGGUUUUUAGGUUUUUUAUUUUGUGUUUUUUGUGAAUUUGCUUAUUGUGCUGUUUUAAUGGUGGUUAGUAGGAUUAAAUGCACUGGUGAGGCAAACAUAGUGCCAACAGGAGGUAACUUUCCAGUUGUAUGUGUCAUGCAGCGUUUGAAGGGACCAUGUACUCUGUUCAAAAUUAAAUAAAAAUCAGUUAAACUCAACACUACACUUUUUUGUGCCAAAUCUCAAAUUAAGUUGAAGUAUAAUCAUGUUAAAAGCCCCAAACAAUAAUGGAAAAAAGCCUUUUUCACUAUGUUUUAACCUUCUUAAAUUGGUACACUUUAAAAAUGAAGGCUUCUUCACAGAUAUAUUACUUGCAACCAUUUCAGAGAACCAAAAAGUAAGUUUGUGGUUCCUUGGAAAUGCUGUGCUUUUUGUAUUUUACAUCAUUAGUGCAAUUUGGAUGGUUCUUGGUAUGUGUAUAGUUCAAAGGUCUUCGUGUUCACAUUUUAAAAUUAGGUAAAUGACUUCAUCUCUAGAGCUUGGUUUAUUUUUUUUUAUUUUUUAACAAUGUAGACAGUUCCCUGUUCUCUGCAUUUAGAAGUAUAAACACUUUAAAUCUGUUACUUAAUUCUGUAAGUAAUUUUUAUAAUUAUGAUGUAACUCUAUCCUUAAAACAUUUAAAAUAAACCCUUUAUGUGCAACUUAUGACUGUAAAUCUUGUUCUCACAAGGCAUAUGUAGUGAUGUGUUGAAAAGUGAAAAGGAAUUUCUUCAAUUUUAUAAUUAAAAUUAUUUUAACAAUGA